AUUGCAGUUGUCUGAUCCAGGCUCAUUUGUUCACCACACUGCCAGCAUGCUCCUUGCCUGGGCCUGCAGUGUACUGCUCCUGGGGUGUGUUGUUGGAUCACCCCUCUACCACAGUGACACAAAGAACAGUACAAGUGAUAAUGGGGCACCUCCCCUUCCAGUGAACUCAGAGGCCAACUCCUCCAACACUACUGUUGACUGUGAAGGCCCCUUCUGUGGUUCUGCCCAGAACUACACUGAGUCAGGAAAUGCUACAUUAAGCUCCAGUGGAAAAAGGAUGUUUCUCCUGCUUCCUCCCCCUGUGAUCUUCAGGAUGUCAGGGACUCGAAAAGCAGGCUGCAUUUUACCUACAUGUGCUGUGCACCACCUGUCUGAGAAGCUCCAGGCUGGAGAUGAGUCAGCUGGAGAUACCCAUGACCCUUAUGGGGUAGGAAAGAGAUGAGGGCCAAAAAGGAGGAGGAUCCUUCUAACACAUUUCUUCUGGAAAGAAAAAUCAUUAAUAAUUUCAGGGCUGCAACAUUUUGGCAUUUGUAAUUUUGAUGAUGUAACAUAAGCCACCCAAGUAAGAUUUAAAGUUAUUCAUACUGGACAGUGCUGUUGAAAUGACCUUCAUCGUGUAUCAACUGCUCUUUUUUUCUUAAAUAAAAUUAUCUUCAAUUUUG